UAAUUUAUUAGGUUUGGGUAACGAUAUCUUAUCAGUAUUUAGUUUAUUGGACUAGAACACGGAUUAUAUUUAUAGUACGACUAUUUGUUUAUUCAACACUAAGAUAUAUAAAAAUACUAUCGUAUAUUUGGAUGGAGCAGCAUUAAAUAUUUAUAAAUUACUAGAGAUACGACGAAUGCGAAUUAUGGAGAGGAAAAUGCUUCAGAUUCUAUUAUGUUGAUGAGUCCAAGCAAUGCUUAAGGCAGAUGUUUUGUCUACAUCUUUAAAUAUGUGUAGCUAUUAGAACGAUAGACCAGUACUGGAGAGGUGUUUUGCAUUUUAUGUGUGUGCUGGUGCUUGUGACUGUACACCAAACCGAGGCACAGACCGCCGACAACGUCAAAGCUUUAAUGAUGAAACUGUUCACCACCGACGGUUACAACAAGAAAGUGAGGCCGGUAGCCAAUCAGAAUGAACCCAUCCUGGUUUACUGCGACUUUGUGCUGUCUUCUAUUAUCGACUUCAAUGAGCAAGAAGAGAGCCUCAAGGUGUCUGGCUACCUUGUGUUGCAGUGGAAAGAUGAGUUCCUCACGUGGGAUCCAGACGACUAUGGGGGCUUGGACAGGCUCAUAUUGCCCCAAGACGAUAUAUGGAGACCCGACGCGUCGCUGCGUAAUCCCUUUAAGACGUUCACGGGGCUGGGCUCGACCUUUCUCAACGUAAAGGUUGACAACCAAGGCAAUGUUAUCUGGAUGCCUUUUCAGGUUCUGGAGUCUACAUGUGACGUCAAUAUUACGUAUUUCCCGUUCGAUGUCCAAGAAUGUCCAAUAAAGAUCAUAGCGUGGAGUUAUUCUAAGGAAGAGGUGGAGAUCAACGAAGGAAAUAACGGGAUUUAUCUAGACGAGUUUGAGGAAAACGCUCUGUGGAAUUUGAUUGGAACUUCAGCGGAGGAGGUAAACACUGAAGAGGCUGCAGUUAUAUUCAAAAUAAAGAUGAAGCGAAAACCAACCUAUUACGUCAUCAACAUUAUCAUGCCCGUCACGCUUCUGUCGUUCUUAAACGUCAUCACUUUCGCGCUUCCGGUGACGUCAGGAGAACGCGCGUCAUACGCAAUCACAGUAUUUUUGUCAAUGGCGGUGUUCUUGACAAUUGUUUCGGCAGAGCUGCCGAAGAAUUCGAAUGUGGUUUCAUUAAUGGCAGUGUACCUCUUAACGAUGAGUUGCUUAAGUACCGCAAUAGUUACAAUUUCGUUAUUAGAACUAAGGCUACUAACCAGACAUCUUGAUAAUCGACCAGUCACUAGGUUUUACAAGAGAAUUUACAAUGUUUGUAAAAGACUACAGUGUAAAGGUGAAAAGAUAGGUAAGAAAGGAAAAGUCGGGGCUAACAGUGUUCCAAGUCUAACCGAGAAAAGCAAUAACAUUGCCGAUGAUGGAAGCGAUGAUGUUAAUUGGAAAAAUGUUACCAGCUCUCUUGAUUACAUGUUUUUCUGGAUUUUUUUAAUCUCAAGCGCGCACAGGACUGGGACACAGAUUCAACGACGUUAUUUCCGGCAUGUCGUUCGCCUUCAAUUGGACGCGCUUUCUGAAAAAAAAUAUCAUUUUAUAUCUUUAAAAGGCAUAUGAUAAAAGAAAAACAAUGUUG